AUGUAUCGCCGAUCCCCCAGGCUGUGGUGCUGUGGGACAGCUGCACUGCCACAUAUCAAUGCAACAACCUUCUCCGUGCGCUCUUAUGCAUGGUGCUACACAUGGUCCGAUCUGGGCCCCAACAACUUGCAUAGAAAUUGGUUGAAAUGGGCGUAUGGUGUAAUGGCUGUGCACACUGAGUUCGCAAUCCAGAGGACUGGAGUUCGAUUCCCAGAAUCAAAUCGGCAAAAAUGGUCAAAAAUCACAUACAGCACAGACCCGAAAGGCAAUGGUGCAAAUGCAGAAAAAAGACCAUCAUUAGGAAGCAGGGGAAUCAUGGGAAAUGGAAUAGAAUAA